AUGAGGCUGAAGCUGCUGGUCUCCGCGGUAACCGUGCUGGUGGCCAUGGCGCCGCGCUGCAGCUGGGGUCAGUCCGAGGAGCGGCCGGGCGACAACACACACAUCCCGCCGGGCGAGAACACACACGUGCUGCCGGUCGAGAACACACACGAGCUGCCGCUGCUGAUGCGUCUGGGCGAGGAGUACUUCAUCGCCGCACGCGCUCCCCUGCGCUCACGGGGCACACACACACACACACACACACACACACACACGCGCGCGCGCGCUGGGCACGCAGGAGGAGAGACCACCGUUAACCGCGCGCUGCGGCUCCAGAUGACCCAGAGGCUGGACACGGAACCGGACACGGAACCGGAACCGGACCCGGCGGAACCGGAGAGAGCGCGGCGCUCCGAGGAACCGCCCAUCUCCCUGGACCUGACGUUCCACCUGCUGCGCGAGGUUCUAGAGAUGGCCCGCGCGGAACAGAUCGCCCAGCAGGCCGACAGCAACCGCAAAAUGAUGGACAUCUACGGGAAAUGA